AUUAAUGGCUAAUACACAAACACACACACACACACAAAUUCAUUUGAUGAAGUAGUUUUUCAAUGUAGUGGUCCACAUCGAUGAUACAAACGCGCCAUAGUAACGAAUCGAACUGCAAACCAACCAAAACAAAACAAAACAACAGAAAAAAAACCAUUAAACUUGACUAGCCAGAAGAGAUAGCCAUAAGAUAGCUAGCUAGCUAGCCAGGUAAGCUCAUAGGUUCAGAUCGAGUUUAUAUCUCGACAGUAUCGGUUGUAGUUUAUUUUUUUUACAGUUCAUAUGCAGUGUAUUACAUAACAACAUAAAUUGCGGCAAAUUAUCAAUUCAAUCCUUUUAUUCCAGUAUAUCCAUUAUUUAAUAUUCAUGUAACAACCAAAAUAAAAACAUUCAACGAAUUCAUUGUGAUGAUAAUUUUGUGUGACAAUUUGUUAUUGUGAUGAAUUAUUUUUAUUUGUAUCUGUGUUUGUGUGUAUUUUCAAUCAUUUCUGAUCAACAAUCUAUUCAUACAAAGAAACCUAUCUAUAAAUAAUCAAUGAUUGAUCAAUUGACCAUCACAAUCAUUAAAUGAAUUGUCGAUCAUAAGCGAUUUAAAAGAUAAAACCAGAUUAUUUUCUAUUGUUAUUAUUACUUGAAAAUAAUAUACGGAUCUCUCAUAUUGGAUUUAGAUUUCGACGACCAAAGAGGUGGAAAAAAAACGAGAAAAUUAAAAAAAAAAAAAAAAAUAUACAUUUCAUAUCAAUUUAAUCCGGUGAAUGAUCUUUUGUGUUGUUAUUAUAACAUUAUCAAUCAACAAUUCAUAAGAAAAAACUAGAACACCUUCCAAUGGGUAUGGGGGUGUUGCCAGCACCAGAUUUUAUUGAUCAUCAUACUAGACAUCAUCAUCAUAAUAAUAACCACCACCACCAUCAUCAUCAACAACAACAACAACAACAACAACAGCAACAUAAUCAUCAAUUCAAUCAUCAUCAUAAUCAGCUUAUAACAAAGCUGAAUAUGAUUAAUAAUCAUCCAUUCAAACAACAACAUCAACAAUCACAAAGAGAUCAAUUGAUUGCAUCAGUUUCAGCAUUUGAAUCAGCAGCAUUAGCAGCUGCUGCUGCUGCUGCCGCUGCAGCCGUUGCAUCUUCAUCAACACCAUCAUCACCACCAUUACAAUCAUUACAACAGAAUUUAAAUACAUCAAUGAAUAACGGCAAUAUUGAUCAGGAUGAUCAUCAUAUCGAUAAUGAUGAUUGUGAUGAUAAUAAUGAUGACGACGACGAUGAUGAUGAUGAUGAUCUAAUGAGCAUUAAAGUAGAUGAAGAAGAUAAAGAUGAAUUAUUUGAAAAUGAACAAACAACAACAACGCAAUCAACAGCAGCAGCAAUGACACAUCAUCGAUCAUUGAUGCCUCAUACAAUGUCAACUAGACAUUUAUAUGAUCCAAAUAUGCAUCAUCGUCAUCAUCAUCAUUUUAAUCAUCAUGGACAUUCGGAUGAUUUUCCAAAACGUAAACAACGUCGUUAUCGUACAACAUUUACCAGUUUUCAAUUAGAAGAAUUGGAAAAAGCAUUUGCACGGACACAUUAUCCGGAUGUAUUUACAAGAGAGGAAUUGGCCAUGCGUGUUGAUCUGACUGAAGCUCGAGUACAGGUUUGGUUUCAAAAUCGUCGUGCUAAAUGGCGUAAACAGGAAAAAACAACAACAACUACAACAUCUACAACAUCAACAAUUGUUGGUAGUAUAAAUGCCGGUAGUAAUGGUGGUAGCAUUGUAAAAUCUUCGGGUAAUAAUAGCAAUAAUAAUAAUAAUGGUUCCAACAACAAUAUUCAUUCACCAUCAACUCAUCAUCAAUCAUUAUAUCAUCAAACAAAUAUAAUCGCGCAUCCGUAUAGCGUGGGUGGUGGUGGUGCCAAUACCAGCCACAUUAUACCAACAUCAAUAUCAUCACCGUUACAUGGCCUUAGUGGCUCCACAUCACUUAAUAAUAGCAGUAGCGGUGGUGGUAGUCAUAGUGUUAGCCCAUUACAUUUGGCACCUCCUUCACUUCCGCCUCUAUCUCAUUCAUCUACGAAUCAUACGUCAACAUUGGUACCACCUUCCGUGACAUCCUCAUCGUCUUCAUCAUCAUCAUCAUCAUCAUCAACAACAACAGCAUCAUUACAUACAACCAAUAGUGACCAAUCAUCAUUAUCGAUGCAUUCAUCACCUAUUUCCGCAUCAUCAUCCACAUCGUUACAUCAUCAAUUUUUUGGAUCAAAUACAGCAGCGGCAGCAGCAGCAGCUGCAGCUGCAUUAUCAGCUGCAUAUAGAAAACAAGCAAUAGCUAAUAUGUUACAACAACAACCGACAACACCAACAUCAUCAGCAGCAUUAUUAGAACAUUCAAUAAAAUCCUGUAUGUCAAAUUAUGCUAAUAACAACUCUAUGCUUGCUCCAAAUCCAUUUGGAUUCCCUGCUGCAAAUGCAUUUGCGAUGCGUGAAUUAAGUUUAGCAUAUCCACAUCUAUUUCCACCAUUACCACCACCACCACCACCACCACCACAACAUCCUUCUUCACCGGCAGCUACAUCAAUACAAUCACCAUUUGGAAAUAUAUCACCAUUUUUUACACCUUAUGCUGCAACAAAUUCAUUUCAAAGUCUAUUAGCAACAUUAUCAUCAUCAUCAUCUACAUCAUCAAAUUUACCAAUAAAAAAUAAAUCAUUAUAUGAUGAUGUAGAAACAAAAUUAUCGAUGCAAUUUCCAACUACAACAAUGGGUACUCCUGGUAAUCCUACUUUAAACCCAUUGUUAGAUUUACCAACAAAUAGUAUGGCACAUACAAUCGAUAGUCUAUUUCAUCAUCAUCAUCAUCAUCAUCAGAAUAAUCAAAAUCAUUCUUCAUCAUCACCAACAUCAUCAUCGAUAGAUAAUGAUAACCAUACACGAUCAAUAAAAUCACCUUUAAUCAAUAGAAAUAUUAAUGAUAAUGGUGGAUCUUCAUCAUCAUCAUCGGUGAUAAUAAAAUCAUCAAAAACAACAGCAUCAUCAUUGAUGAUAUUAACCGGUAGUGAUGAUUCACAAACAGAUAUUAGUGAACAUUCACCAAAUACACCACCACCAUCAACAACAACAACAACAACAAAAACAAACAAUGACAAUGAUCAUCAUCACCACAUAUCAUCGCGAUCACCAUCACCUUUAUUAUGCAAUAAUAAUAAUAAGAAUAAAAAAACAUUGGAUGAAACCAAUCAAUCAUCAUCCAAUUUAAAGAAUGAUACAAAUGUUUCAUUAAUGAAUUCGGGUAAAUCAUCAUCAUCAUCAUCGGCUGCUACUACUGCAACAAUUUAGUCACACAUUCACAUCUUUGAUCAUGGAUGGAUGGAGAUGUUGUUGUUUUUAUUGUUACCGGUGGGAAUUGUAGAAUCUAUAGGAAUGAAAAACAAACUAAAACAGCAGUAUUUUUUAGUCAAAAAUGAAAAAAUUUCUUCUUUUUUUUUCUCUCAAUCCAAAAAUAAAAUUCAUUGCACACAAACACACAUUUAUAUAUAAAUAUGAUAGUCGUUGUGUAUAGAAUUUGUAUGAUUCGUGAUUCUUCUUCAUUAUAUAAGGUAUUUAAUUCUUAACUUUAUUUUUCGUUUUGAUAUAACAUACACACACACACACACACAAAGACAUCGUACAAAAAUAGAAAAAUUAUUUAUUAUCUUCAAUUAGAAAAUUGAUAUAAUUUGACAUAUUUGAAAUUCCAUUCACACACACUUGCACAUGGAUCACGUUUGUUAAUUUUUUUUCUUUAAAAAAAGUACUGAAAAAUAAAUAAAUAAAAUUUCACGAAUUGAUAUCAAUUUGUGCAU